AUGUCAGAAGGUAUAUCAUGCGUGGAGAAUGAUCUAUCGAAAAUUGAUAUCAAUAAGUCUUCCUUCAGAAGGAGGAAACUAUAUCCAAAAAGUCUAAUCCCAGAUUUACAACCACCAUCACAACCAACUCCAUCUCGUAUCAUCUCAUCAACCACUAAAUCAAUGUCAACCAUUAAAUUACCUCUGGAUAAGAGAAUCAUAAGUUAUCCCAUGUCAGAAAAAUCAACUUCAAAACAACAAUAUCAAUUCUCCUUCAUGAAAGAUACAUCUUCAUCUCUUAAAAAGAAAAAUAAUCCCUUUAUAAUGAAUACUCCUUCAUCUACUUCUCCAUCUAUCCCAUCAACCAUACCUAAAAAAAGACUAGAACCUCAAAGAACAAGAAGAUACGUAUCAUCCACAUUACCUUAUUCAUCUCCAGCCCAUAAUUUAAAACAUUAUCAUCCUCCAAAACUAGCUCCAAUAGAUAUCACUAAUUUAAAUCUAUCACCAAAUAAAAUUUUAAAUCAAAAUAUUGAAUAUUCACCUACAAGAGAUAAUAGAUCGAUCAUAAAAAGAAAUGCAUCACAACCAAUUCCUGAUUCUAAUGUAUUUAAUAGAUUAUAUCCCAAACCACCACCACCACCAUCACCAUCAAAUCCAAGUGAAUUGAGUCAUAGAAAAAUAUCAACCAUUCCAGAUUUAUAUCAAAUACUUCAUGAACGUGAUCCUUCCUUAUUCACAUUUGCCAGUGAAAAUGACAAUAAUUCUGUGGGAACCAAACCAUUCACAGCUGAUGAAAUUCUUCUCAAUAAACUAAAUGUAUAUGAAAGAGGUGAAAUUAUACGAAAAGCUGAUAUUUAUUAUGCACCAACUUCAAUCAAUCGUAACAUAAACAUUACCAACUAUAAUACUAACUUUGGAUUUGAUGAUAAAUGUGGAAAUUAUAUCGUCAUCCCUCAUGAUCAUAUCAAUUAUAGAUAUGAAAUUAAAAAUAUGUUAGGUAAUGGAUCAUUUGGUAAUGUGAUUAAAAGUAUAGAUCAUAAAUCAAAUAAAAUAGUGGCGGUAAAAAUCAUUAAAAAUGAUUUAAAUUGGUCAUUACAAUCUAUUAAUGAAAUUAAAGUAUUAAAAUUCCUAAAUAAAGAAAAUCUGAAUGAUAAUAUCUUAAAAUAUUAUGAUCAUUUCAAUUUUAGAAGUCAUAUGUGUAUUGUAACAGAAUUAUUAUCCAUCAAUUUAUAUUCACUUUUAGAAGUUAUCAAUUUUAGAGGUUUAUCGUUACCAAUCAUUCAAACUUUUACCCUGCAAUUAUUAAAUGGUUUACAAUUCUUACAUCAAUUAGAUAUAAUUCAUUGUGAUAUUAAACCUGAAAAUAUAAUGAUCAAAUUACCAUCAAAUCCUCAAUCAAACUCAAUAGGGAUUAAAAUAAUUGAUUUUGGUUCAUCAUGUUAUAAAAAUGAAAUAUCAUUUACUUAUAUUCAAUCUCGAUUUUAUAGAGCGCCAGAAGUUAUAUUAGGAGCAAAUUAUACUGAAAAAAUUGAUAUUUGGUCAUUAGGAUGUGUAAUAGUUGAAUUAUUUUUAGGAAUUCCUUUAUUACCAGGUAAAAAUGAAAUUGAACAAAUUGGAUUUAUUUUAGAAUAUUUUGGAGCUCCAAAAUCUUCAACUAUAUUAAGAUUAAGAAAAGUUUUAAAUAAAUCAACUAAUCAAUCUAUUCCUCAUAAUAAUUUACAAAUUCCAUCUUUAAUUAAUGAAAAACAAAUUAAGAAAACUCUUCUAUUUAAGAUAUUUGAUAUUAAUGGUAAAAUCAAUAUGUCCUUAUUAAAUUUUCAUCUUAAUAAUCCCGGUCCUAAUAAUAGCACUUCAACCAACAAAAAACAAUUUAAAUUAAAUUCAAAAAACUUAGAAAUUAAUUUAAAUUUAAAUAAAUAUUCUUCUUCAGAUCACAAUAAUCAAUUGCUAAAUAAAUUAUUUAUCAAAUUUUUAAAUAACAUCUUUAUCUGGGAUCCAACCGAAAGAUCAAACGUUAAUGAAUUACUUAAUGAUCCAUUUUUACAAUAA